GGUCAUUGCAGUAUUUCAAAGAAAACAAAAUACCAUGGAUACAACAUCACCACUCAGCAACAUCACAUCGGACUUUGGUGAUAUGAUGGAAAAUAACACCUACGAUAUGAUGGGCAACAUGAUGAACACGACAAUGGCGCAACUUGUAUCCACUUAUAAAUCAAAGCCUAGCCUAUAUUUAUCGGAGGAUGACCGUCUGAGCAAGUUUAUUGAGUUUAGAGCAGCUUGGGCGUUAGAUACGAUUUACGCUCCGAUUUGUUCGUCGUUAGGAAUAAUAGGGAACACGAUGUCCUUUCUUGUGUUGAUGCUAUCAAAAAGCACAACUACCUACCAAUACAUGGCCACCAUCUCUUGCACCGACACCCUAGUUCUCAUCCUCAACAUAAUGUUCCUCGUUCGAAAAUUUCCAGGACACGAAAUUUUCUACAAAGGGACAUGUGAAUUGAUCCUGUUCCUCUUUUUCUUUGCGAUUCAUUUUAACGUGAUCAUUAUGGUAACCAUGACGGUGGAGCGGUACCUAGUCAUCAAGUUUCCUUUGAAAGCAUCGAGAUGGUUCAAUGUUCGAAAAGCACGUAUUAUUAUCUUAAUAGAACUGUUGAUAGUGUUUCUGUUGGAUAUGCACAAUUUCUUUACCCGCCAAAUGGUAUCAACUGAAGAUGGCACAGGCACCCAAUGCUCUUCUGAAGGUGAGAUGAAUCAGUAUUUUCUCAGCAAAAUUUAUCCGUGGAUUGAUGCUGUAUGGUAUUGUUACUUGCCAUUAUCGUGCCUGUUUAUUCUGAAUGUACUCAUUAUCACACAAAUCAAGAAAUCUGGUAAAAUGCAGAGACGCAUGACACAAACAGAUAGGGCGUCAAACGUCACCAAAGCGGAUAGCAGCGCCAGAGAACGUCAGAUCACCACGAUGCUUCUUCUGGUUACGUUUUGUUUCCUUUUGUUUGUAAGUCCGAUGGCCGUUAUAAUCGUCGUUGAAAAAUACAUUUGGGUGAAAGAAAGUCCUCAUGAAUCGGCUGUAUACCAUUUGGUGAGAACCGUUUUCAACAACAUGAUGUAUACAAACCAUGCCUUGAAUUUUCUUCUUUACUUUAUGAGUGGAAAGCGAUUCAGAGACCAGUUCACGGCUCUUAUCUGUCCCUGUCGAAAUAAGGGCGGCUCCCUCACCUCAGUCUCGUCACAAAUGACUAUAACAUCGCAGGCUGGGUCUACUAUGAGUGUAGCUGUGGUUAGUGAGACUGUUGUUAGUAGAACCUCAAAGAAUGUAGUAGAGAAUUAGAAGACUAAGCAUCCAGCGGAAUGCCAGAAGGAAAACCUAGGUGGAUGGAAGAGCAUCUACAAAUGUUAACGGAGAACUUCUUUCGGGUGAUUCACCAUUUUCAAUGACCCACUGUUUCAUUUUAACAUUUGUUUUAAUUUAUGUCAGAUUUCGUGAUGCAUAAAACGUAAACCUAGUGCUGUUUAUUCUUAACAAUUACAGAAGGCAAAUCCAUAUUUUAAAACUUAUCAUGGGAAACUGUAUCUAAAGAUAUAGAUUACACGUGCCACGUUUCAUCAUUUAGCCAUAUCUUCUGACAUUACAUAUUAAUUGUUGUUUCACACAACAUGUAUGAUGUUGUAAAACAAUAUUGUAGUGCAUACUAUGAACUCCUAAUUAAACUACCAUGCAUAUCUCUCU